AUGUAUAAAGAAUUAGAAUACACUACCCCCAUUUAUGUCUAUCUAUUCAUUUAUCUAUCUAUCUAUCUCUCUAGACCAUCGACUGUUAAGGAAUUCCUGUCUCAUCAUUAUGUUAAUAGACCGAUCGAUUGGUCAUAA